UGGAGUCGCCUAAACACCGGCGACACGCAGGGCUCUUGACUCGGAACGAGGCCUGCUGUCGUCGGUCUACCUCGCCGAGUUCUACUCACUGACCUCAACGCGGCUCGGGUUUAUUCGUGUGAUUCUUGAGCUUGAGGCGUGUGCAGCUAACUGAACUUGAUUGUACAACAGAAUAUACAUCGCAUCAAGCAUUGAACAUAUGAGGUUCAGACAACACAGGAAUGACAAACUGAAAGCACCCUGAAUAUAGGAUUUGAGAAUAUGUUCUAUCACAAGAACAGAAAACAUUACAUGGAUGAUCAAAAAUAUUUCUGAAGUGUAAACAAUAUUAAUGAUCUUGUCAUGACAUUUUAGAGAGAAAAAUGUCGGACAUCGAAAAUGCUUCCUUGAUAACAAGUCUGUAUAGUGAGAUUGUCCCCCCUGAAACUCAUUCUGUUCAAGUUACAGUACAGCUGGACCCAGAAGGGAACUCCGUCAUAAAUAUUCCUGAAGCCUGCCCUGCUCAGCCAGUCCACCCAGCGGUGGAUGACACGGUCACAUACUGCUACAGAUGUGGACUGUGUGAGGUGGACUGUGGGACAUACCAAGAACUAGUCAACCAUCUGAAGCACCAUCAUUUAGGGAACAGUCAUUUUCCAUCUUUGAAAGGGACAAAAAAUGAUUAUACCAACCUCAAACAUGUCAUUGUUAUCACUGGAACGGAGAUGUUCAAGUGUGAGUUGUGUGGUGCUCGGUUUGCAGAGUCUGAACUUGCCAAGGAACAUCUACACGCCCAUCAUGGGUCUGAGCAUGGCACAAAUACCGAUGCUGUCGUUGAUGAAGACAAUCCUGAUCUGAAGAGCAAUCAGCCCAAGAAACCCUUCCUAUGCAAUGUCUGUGGGAAAGGGUUCAGCAAGCAGUCCAAUGUUGCACGUCACAAGAAAACUCAUUCAUUUAAGAAGUGUGACUACUGUGAAAAAAUGUUUUUGAUUGAUUCUGAUUUGGAAAAGCAUCUGUUAAGUCACAAGGAGCAGAGAACAAAUUCAGAUGAGACUCAAGUUGAUGAAUCCAAGGAAAAAGGUGAGGAAUGUUUUGGGGGAAUUGUCAACCAUGAUGGUACGUCUACAUCAAAUGACAAUCUCAGUACAGAUGGGACAAGCAAAGAGCAGACGUCAGUUUUGGAGCAGACACAAGGGAUGAAGGACUCCCAGCCUUCAGCUGAAUCUUUGAUUGAAAGUCAGUCUGAUGGGGAUGAAGACUUCUCCGGAAAUGAUUUUGAUGAGAUGACUUCAUUUGGAAACACUGAAGAUGAUGGAAUGUUAGUUGAUGGAAAGAAAUUUAAGUGUCAUGUCUGCAGUAAAACUCUGAAUGGGAAACAGCAGCUCAAUGCUCACAUGGCGGCCCAUGAUGAACAGUUUCAAUGUGAUUUGUGUGAGAAGGUUUUCAAGAGAGUGGAGGAUCUCGACGAUCAUGAAGCCACUCAUGAAGGAGAGGAUUUAUUUAAGUGUAGGGUAUGUGGCCGAACUUUCAGACAGACGCGGCAUCUCAAACUCCAUCUUAAGAUUCAUGUUGAGAAGUUCAAAUGUGAUGAGUGUGGUGAGACAUUUCCCACAUAUUCGUCACUGAGAGAACAUGUGCGGACCCAUAUCGAAUCGGCUCCGUUCAAGUGCGAUAUCUGUGAAAAACGGUUUACCUUAAAAAGCUGCUUACGUCGGCAUUACUCAAUUCAUUCAGGAGAAAAACCACAUCAAUGCAAACAUUGUGAUAAAUGUUUCCGGUUAGCAAGUAGUCUUCAUUACCACAAACGGGUUCACACAGGUGAAUUUCCAUUGAAGUGUGAUUUCUGUGAUAAACGUUUUCGCUUGAGCCAGGCUCUAAAAAAACAUGUUGCCAGCUUCCAUGCUGCAGUGAAACCCUACAAAUGUGACAUUUGCAAAAAGGGAUUUGUUGAAAAAGGUCGUCUCACUGCCCAUCGAAGCAGGAUCCAUUUUGGUCAGAAAAACAGAAAGAAAGGUAGCAGCAAGACCGACUCGUCUGAUCAAAAACAUUCUUCAUUUCCAUGCUUUGUGUGUAAAGAGGGAUUGAAAGACUCGAAUGAUUUAGAAAAUCAUCUGAGAUCAUGUCCGUCUCAACAGAAAGAAAAUGAUGGGCUUGUUUUGGAAGAGAGAGUCGACAAGAAUGAACAGCCCAAAGUUUUCUUGUGCAUGAAAUGUGAGAAAGGCUUCAGCUCUUGUGAGAAAUUACUGGCUCAUAUGAGAAGACAUGGAGAGCCAUCUUGGCUGAAUAAGUCCGGGUCUUGUCGAAGCACGUGUCACGUCUGCAACAAGACUGUCAACCAUCUCCAGAAACACCUGGUCACUCACAUGGGUCUGAAGCCCUUCAGUUGUGAGGUUUGUGGCAAGUCAUUCCCAGAGAGGUACAUUCUCACCAAACACAUGAAAAGUCAUUCAACGGUCCGACACUACGAGUGUAAACUGUGCAACAGUGCUUUCAAGAGAGGUGAUAAUCUCAAACGCCACCUCAAAGUGACUCAUAACGUUGAUCCCGAGAAAUAUGAAAUUAAAAAUAUCACAUCAACAAAAUCAAAAACCUACAUGUGUAAGAAAUGUGAUAUUAAUUUCACUGAUGAGGAUGAGUUUAAGCAACAUAAGAAAAACCACAACGAGAAAGUGCCAGCUAUUUGUAGCAUGUGUGGGAAGUUGUUCACAAAUAUGGUACACCUAAAAAGCCACAUGAAGAUCCAUGCAAACUGGAGACCGUACAUGUGUGAGACAUGUGGGAAAACUUUCACGGAGAACAGUCAGCUGAAGAAACACAUCCGCAUCCACACUGGAGAGAAGCCAUACUCAUGUCAGUUCUGUGACAAAUCCUUCUCCCAAUCCUGUUCUCUCAACAACCAUAUGAAGAGUCACCAGUUUGUAGGUGAUACUCCCUUUAAAUGUCAUCUCUGUUCCGCAUCCUUCGCGUAUUGCGGGGAGCUUGAGAAACACAAGCGAGGCCACAUGGGGACUGACGUGUUUGGUUGUGGCUUGUGUUGUAAGAAGUUCUCUCACCCAGAUGAUCUUAAGCACCAUGUUGAUACCCAUUUGGAAAAGCCAUCUGAACAGCAGACUGAUUUACCGAGUCAGACCGGCGCCUGUGGUGCAGAUGUUAUGACGGAGGACAUGUCCUAUCAACCUGACCCCAUGGUGACCAUGUCCUACGGAGGUCCUUUGGGGGGACCACCUGGAAGCUUUGACAGUCAGGACACAGGCAACAUGACUGUAGGGACAGACUUGAGUGGUUUGACUGGGCCCAUGAUAACGACUCCUCCUGUUGCCAUGGUUACUGGAAUGGAAGCGUGCGUGCCCCUCCCGAGUGCCAGCAUGACCCAGAGUAUGAACCUGCAUCAUGUCCAGGCUUUGAUGAGGGAAGCAGAGAUGAUGAUACAGAAUGCCCACCAGAAUCAGUGAAACUUCAGAAAGUGGGAAUGGGUUGUAUUUAGUUCAUGACUGACAGCAGGAAUAAAGUAUUAGCAUUU